CUAAACCGCUGCUCUCCCCACCUCUUCCCACCUCUGUUCUCUGAUGCUGCUGCCGCCAUCAACACAAACCUAGACCGCCGCCGUCGCUAUCCUCUGACUCGUCACGACUUAUCGCCUUGCUUCUCUGCCCAUCCCGCCGGUGCUGCUCACAGUUAACCUGGUAAACAAGUUCACCGUUUCCUUGUUCCCCAAAUAGCUGUGGGCAAGAAAGUAGAUUCGAUGAUGUCAGCUCUUCUGCAAACGAAGAAGAACUACCGCUGCGUGCCGACGCUGCAGCAGGUCUACCCAGGUGGCCCGUUCGUUUUCUCCUCUGAUGGCUCUUUCAUCGCCUGUGCUUGUGGCGAAACCAUCAACACUGUUGAUUCUGCUGAUUUCUCAAUAAAGGGUACAAUCGAGGGCAACAACGAGGCUGUUACGGCGCUCACGCUUAGUCCCAAUGACCAGCUGCUUUUCUCUGCCGGACACAGCAGGCAAAUUAGGGUCUGGAACUUGGCCACUCUGAAAUGCGAGCGCUCCUGGAAGGGCCAUGAUGGUCCAGUUAUGGCCAUGGCGUGCCAUGCUUCUGGUGGGUUGCUAGCAUCUGCAGGAGCUGAAGAAUAG